AUGGCUUCGAUCACCAACGCAAACGAGGGCGGCACCAAAGCCAGCCCCGACGCUGUUCCCAAGAAGUCCCACAACCUGAGCAUCGUCUACAUCGACCACGAGCUGGACAAGCCGACCCUUUAUCCCACUAAAGAUGAACCGAACAAGAACGGCAACCGCCCCAACUGGACCCUUGUCUACAUCGACCACCAUCUCGACGGCCCAGGACCGCCUAACACCAACCAAGAACUCGCGGCUCAGGGCACAGUGGCGCAAGGCCGAACAUGUUUGUUUCGCCUGCCGCUGGAGCUGCGCAUCAUGAUCUGGGAGCUGAUUCUUCCUGGCAAGCGGGCGUUGCGAGCCAGGGCAGGGUUUAGACAUGUUGUAAACAGUCACCGUGAGAGCAGCUCCAGAGAUGUCAAGGGCUGCCAAGGCGAAUGGUUCAUCAGAGUCCAUGACUGGAAUUUUCGCUAUGACAACGACUUUGAGUUAGAGAUCCCAAAGAUCCUACAAAUCUGCAGGGAAUCCCGUGGCGUUGCGCUGCAGCACGGUUCAUUCGUCUUUCGUCAUCGCGGCAACAUUCACGACACUGGAAUUUGGUGGAACUCCGAUCUAGAUGUCCUCGGCUUCGACAAGUCUUGGGAUCUGGAUCUACAUAGAUGGGCCCUCGGCCACCUGGAUGGCCUUGAGCACGUAAAGCAUGUGGCAAUUGACGAAAACCAAGCCCGGUCAUUCUGGUACGAUGCAGGUUAUGGGGAUAGUCCUUGGACCACCUCCUGCGAGCUUCGUGAGCCACUCGCCGUGAAGUUUAGAUUCCUGGAGACUCCCGGCAGACGCCAUUAUAUUUUGGAGUUCUUUCCCCAUUUCCAGCAAUUAACCAUCAUCUUCAUGAACCUCUGGAGGAAGAAGUUUGUUCAGUGGAUGAGAAAGCGAGAAGGUUUCAGUCGUACUUUUGUACCAGAGGAGGAUACGUACAGUACUACAUUUCGUCUGGGGAGCGACAUUAAAACAGCCGUGAAUGAAUUGACGACAUACCGGAAACUGUGCAUGCAAACGGGAAUGAAGAUAAUUCCAGGGUUCCGCGCUUAUGGCGACCUCGCUGACGGACCGAUCUACUCAGUCAAGAGCGACGACAUUAAGGUGGAUGACCUAGGUCACUGGAUCGGAGCAGGAUUCGAAGAUUGCCAAAUCGAUGGUUUGGCGCCAUUUUAG